UGCUUCUGGGUCGCGGUAGGGAGAGCUCCGGAGUCCGAGUGUGUGAGCUUGAGCGCCGAGCGCUAGAGCGACCCGGCGAGGGAUGGCGGCCACCGGGACCGCGGCCGCCGCGGCCACGGGCAAACUCCUGGUCCUGCUGCUGCUCGGGCUCACGGCGCCCGCCGCGGCUCUGGCCGGCUACAUUGAGGCCCUCGCAGCCAACGCUGGAACAGGGUUUGCUGUUGCUGAGCCUCAGAUUGCAAUGUUCUGUGGAAAGCUAAAUAUGCACGUGAACGUUCAGACUGGGGAAUGGGAACCUGACCCGACAGGCACUCGGAGCUGCUUCGGAACAAAGGAGGAAGUUCUCCAGUACUGUCAGGAGAUGUAUCCAGAACUACAGAUCACAAAUGUGAUGGAGGCAAACCAGCCAGUCAGCGUGGACAACUGGUGCCGGAGGGACGAGAAGCAGUGCAAGACUCACAUCGUGAUCCCCUUCAAGUGUCUUGUGGGCGAGUUUGUAAGUGACGUUCUGCUAGUUCCAGAAAAGUGCCAGUUUUUCCACAAGGAGCGGAUGGAAGUGUGUGAGAAUCAUCAGCACUGGCACACUGUGGUCAAAGAGGCCUGCCUGACUCAGGGAAUGACCUUGUACAGCUAUGGCAUGCUGCUCCCCUGUGGGGUGGACCAGUUCCACGGCACCGAGUACGUGUGCUGCCCUCAGACAAAGGUUGUUGAAUCUGCUGUGUCAAAAGAAGAGGAGGAGGACGAUGAAGAGGACGAUGAGGAGGACGAUGAAGAGGACGAUGAAGAGGAAGACUACGAUAUUUAUAAAAGUGAAUUUCCUACCGAAGCAGAUUUGGAAGACUUCACAGAAGCAGCUGUGGAUGAGGGUGAGCAGGAAGUGGUGGAAGAUCGCGAUUACUACUACGAUGCCUUCAAGGGAGACGGCCGCCACAAGGAGAGCCCGACCCAGCCCAGCCGCCAUGGGACCGCUGCAGAGAAGGAGAUCUCUCACGGCGUCAGAGCUGUCUGCUCCCAGGAGGCGCUGACGGGGCCCUGCCGGGCCGUGAUGCCCCGGUGGUACUUCGACCUCUCCAAGGGGAAGUGCGUGCGCUUUAUAUAUGGCGGCUGCGGCGGCAACAGGAACAAUUUUGAGUCUGAGGAGUUUUGUAUGGCUGUGUGUAAAGUGAUGAUUCCCCCAACUCCACUGCCGACCAAUGAUGUCGACGUGUAUUUCGAGACCUCAGCAGAUGACAACGAGCACGCGCGCUUCCAGAAGGCCAAGGAGCAGCUGGAAAUCCGGCACCGAAACCGGAUGGACAGGGUGAAGAAGGAAUGGGAAGAGGCUGAACUUCAAGCCAAGAACCUCCCCAAAGCAGAGAGGCAGACUCUCAUUCAGCACUUCCAAGCCAUGGUGAAGGCCCUGGAGAAGGAAGCGGCCAGCGAGAAGCAGCAGCUGGUGGAGACGCACCUGGCACGGGUGGAGGCCAUGCUCAACGACCGCCGCCGGGUGGCGCUGGAGAACUACCUGGCGGCUCUGCAGUCCGACCCUCCGCGGCCCCAUCGCAUUCUCCAAGCCUUGCGACGCUACGUCCGGGCUGAGAACAAAGAUCGCCUCCACACCAUCCGUCAUUACCAGCACGUGCUGGCUGUUGACCCCGAAAAGGCGGCCCAGAUGAAGUCCCAGGUGAUGACACAUCUCCACGUGAUCGAAGAAAGAAGGAACCAGAGCCUUUCUCUGCUCUACAAAGUACCUUACGUGGCCCAAGAAAUCCAAGAGGAAAUUGAUGAGCUGCUUCAAGAACAGCGAGCAGACAUGGACCAGUUCACCGCCUCCAUCUCAGAGACCCCCGUGGACGUGCGGGUGAGCUCGGAGGAGAGCGACGAGGUCCUGCCGUUCCACCCCCUCCAUCCCUUCCCGUCCCUGCCUGAGAACGAAGACACUCAGCCGGAAGUGUAUCACCCAAUGAAAACAGGAUCUGCACUGGGAGAGCAGGAAGGAGGACUGAUCGGGGCCGAGGAGAAAGUGAUUAACAGUAAGAAGAAAGUGGAUGAAAAUAUGGUCAUUGACGAGACCCUGGAUGUGAAGGAAAUGAUUCUCAACGCCGAGAGAGUCGGAGGCCUCGAGGAGGGGCCGGAAUCCGUGGGGCCCCUGCGGGAGGACUUCAGUCUGAGCAGCAGCGCCCUCAUCGGUCUGCUGGUCAUUGCGGUGGCCAUCGCCACGGUCAUCGUCAUCAGCCUGGUGAUGCUGAGGAAGAGGCAGUACGGCACCAUCAGCCAUGGGAUCGUGGAGGUCGACCCAAUGCUCACCCCAGAAGAGCGUCACCUGAACAAAAUGCAGAAUCAUGGUUACGAAAACCCAACCUACAAAUACCUGGAGCAGAUGCAGAUUUAAGCAGGUGAAGCACGACACCCGGCUGGAGUGGGGGGGGUGAGGCGGGCAGCAGAUGUCCAGAGGUUUGGACCUACGACUGACCGACAGCUACUUCCAGAGGAUUUCAUCUUACACUCGGACCUCCUGGAUCAUUAAGACUGUAAAGUACUACUGUAGAAUCACAAUUUCCAUUCUUUUUAAAUGGGUGAAAAAAUGUUAAUAUAACAAUAUAUGAUAUAUAAACCUUAAAUGAAGUGAAAAAAUUAUCUAUUACAGAUAUUUGACUGAUGUAGUUUUCUUUUUUAAAUUAAUCAGGAGUCCCGCUUCUAUCGUAUUGUCUCACACAUGCUCUCUGUAGAAAUGGAAGAUGUUGAUUUUCAAUGAUAGACUGUACGUGCUACAUGCAGGCCGUUUGUUCUGGCCGCAUUGUGUCAAUCAGCUCUUUACGGCUCACUGUCCUGGGUUUUAUUUUAAAAGAAGAAGAGGCAGUAUUCCUCAUUUAAAGCUUUAAAUGAGCUUUCAGAAAGUUGCUGAGAAACUAACUGAAAUAAGGAGCCGUAACUGAUCCUUAAAAUACAUCAUGAUCCCCCUCUCAAAAUUCCUUUGAAGGACCAGUUUCUUGGAAGUCUGGUGCGCCCACCACUGGGUACCUGGGUGUCUCCACACAAGUCCUGUCACCAAGGAGGCGCUCAAAGCAAGCAUUUGAGUUCCAGCUUCUUUCAGCGAGCCUCGUGUGUACAGAUUAGGGCCACUACUGCGUUCCUUCUGAAUCCAGUUCUUCCACAGAAAGUAGCCUGUAGUUUGUACCUGACGUUCUUCCACUGUCCGCCGUUGAGUCACCGUAGCUUUUGACCGCUCACUUCUCUCCCGAGUAAUGUCCAGAUGUGCUGUUUUCCUUUUUGGCCAUUUCCCACCCCCUCCGAAGGCACUGGUCUCCACCGUCCCCACCGUUCACUGAGAGAAGACAGCAGGAGGAGGUGGCCGGCAUCCUGGGGAGGAUGCGGGAGGUUUGCUUUUCUCUGGAAGGUGGAUGCUCCAGGCUGUACACAGAAUGAUCUGUAGACCCCAUGGAAAGCUUUGAAGAUUUUGUUUCCUUCACAUGAGUCUUUGUGAUGCUUGUAUAGUUGAUGUUGACGCUCACAGCUGCUUCUUUUCCUUUUUUUUUUUUUUUUUUUUUUUUUUUAAUUCUAAAGGUUCUGGUAACCUGUGGUGUAUUUUUUUUCUAUUUCCCUGUGACUGUUUUUUUUUCUUCUUCCUCCCCUUUACCCCAUCCGUGUCUCUUCCCACUAUGCACAGAUAAACUUCACCUACAAACUCCUUAAUCUGCUCUGUGGAGAAUGUACAGAGUUUAAACACAUCAAUAAAUACUUUAACUUCCA